GUCCCUCAGGUCUCCAUUUUGAAUAUAUACCGGCACAUUCUCCUCAUUCGAAUAACACGAAGCAUAUCUCCUCUCCGAUAGAAAUGGCCGCCGUCGAGAACGGCAGUGCGCUGCCGCAAUCAGCGUUGAUCUUCCUCGGCACCGGUUGUUCAAGUGCCGUUCCCAAUGCAUUGUGCCUGAUCCGCCCCUCUGAUCCUCCAUGUACUGUCUGUUCUCAGUCCCUUACCAUGCCACCUGUAGAAAACCCUAAUUACAGGUGUAAUACAUCUCUACUUAUUGAUUAUUGUAAGGAAAAUGGUGAACACAAGUACAUAUUAAUUGAUGUUGGGAAGACGUUUCGGGAGCAAGUACUUCGUUGGUUCACUCAUUAUAGAAUUCCUCACGUUGAUUCUAUUGUUUUGACUCAUGAGCAUGCUGAUGCAACUCUUGGCUUGGAUGAUAUCCGUGCAGUGCAACCAUUUAGCCCAACAAAUGACAUUGAUCCGACACCAGUGUACCUGACUCAAUAUUCAAUGGAUAGCAUUGUUCAGAAAUUCCCUUACUUAGUCCAGAAGAAACUUAAGGAAGGCCAGGAAAUUAGACGCGUGUCACAACUUGAUUGGCAGAUCAUUGAAAAUGAUUGUGAAAAGCCCUUUGUUACAUCAGGACUAGAAUUUGUUCCGUUGCCAGUAAUGCAUGGCGAAGAUUAUGUGUGCUUGGGGUUUCUUUUUGGUAAAAAAUUCAGAGUUGCAUAUAUAUCUGAUGUUUCACGCUUUCUUGCAACUACUGUAUCCUACAUUUCGAAAGAUAAUGGUCAACAACUAGAUCUGCUUAUUUUGGACACUCUCUAUAAGAACGGUUCCCACAAUGUUCAUCUUUGCCUUAGUCAGACUCUCGGGGCGUUGAAGAUGCUAUGCCCAAAGAGGGCUCUACUAAUUGGAAUGACUCAUGAAUUUGACCACCACAAAGAUAAUGAAUUCCUUGUGGAAUGGUCUAGAAGAGAAGGUAUACCAGUUCAACUUGCACAUGAUGGAUUGAGGAUCCCCGUUAACCUAUAAAGAGGACUCCCACAGUUGCUACCUUUUAUAUGAAAUUAUUGGUGAAAUAGUUUUCUUUUGUAAAAAAUAUAUUCAUACAGAACAUUUCAUGUUAUUGCGACUAACUCAUAAUCUCAACCAGAUGAUACUGCUAAAUGGACAAAAGAGAAUGCCUAAAGACUGAGUAAAGGCUCUGAGAGCAUCCUUUUGAUCUGUUACUGGAAAUAGAUUAUAUUUAUGGAAAUAGUUGAUGUUGACGUUCACCAGAUUAUACUUGUGUAUAUUGUUGUAUUCUUAUCAUUUUGUCAAGAAUGCAAGGUGUAUGGAGUUGAAUAUUAAUCAUUUGUUAAGUUUAUACGAAAAUGAAGCUUUUAAUGGCAA